AGAAAGUGCGGCGGCGCGCGCGGUCAUAAAUAUGUGGUUGAAGUCGCUGGGGUCUGAGCGGCGCUCUCCCGAGAGCCAAGUUGGCAGCGCAGCGGUGGAGUUCUCCCGACGGCGGUGCUCGCACUCUAUCUUAGAACCAGGGGUCCAGCGCCUGGGCCACCACGCCACGAGCGUGGCACUGUACGCAGGCGAAGUAGCGCCAGGCGACGCCGCGGUGGCCGCCUGGCUCGCUGGCGCACCCCCGGAGCCUCCUUCGUACUUUUCAAAUCCUGCCGUUGCCGCACCUGUGGAUGCGACCCCGUCGCCUUCUGCAUCAUCUCUGAGCUCAUCUCUCGAUGACGACGCUAUGGCUGCAGAUGAGUACAGCUUCGACUUAGACAACCUCGAGGAGGUAGUAAAACAAGAAAUGGGAGUCAAGUACCAGGCUCUGCAGCCCGAGCUGGCAUUGCCGGAGCAUCUGCAACACCAGCAGCAACAUCGUCCACGACCAAUGGUAGGAAGUACACCUGGAACACCACCCGACACACCUCCAGGUUCGACGGCAUCUCCAGAAUUCGGAAACUGUAUGCCAGACGACAGCAUGAUGUGGCUUUCGCAGCAGGGUGUGCGGUACCAGGAGCCGCUCGAUCUGCGUCCACAAAAUGACCUCGAGUGGAUUCAACUUCGCCGCGACUACGAACUGCACCAACAGCAACAAAACCACCAUCAACAACAGCGGCCACCGUUGUCCUCCGUGGCCCCACAGCUCCCGGUGCGGGACAUCCUAGACGAUGAGCAGCUCAUCUCCCUGUCUGUGCGCGAACUCAACAAGCGGCUCCACGGGUUCCCCCGCGAAGAAGUGGUUCGGCUCAAGCAGAAGCGGCGGACGCUCAAGAACCGCGGCUACGCGCAGAAUUGCCGUACAAAGCGCCUGGCGCAGAGGCACGAGCUCGAGAGCAGGAACCGUAUCCUGCAGGCUGAAGUCAGCCGUCUGCGUCAGGAGCUGGAGCGGACCUGCCAAGAGCGGGACUUCUACAAGCAGCAGCUAGGCGCUGCGCAGAGCCGCGUCCGGGCAGCUCAGCUGCAACAACAACACCAGCAACAACAGCAGCAGCAGCAGCAGAGCUCGCUCUCUACCGUAGCUUCCACGAGCAGUCCUGGUUCUCCCGACUUUCUCAUGUGACCCCGACGCCAAGCGUGCCAGGACCGUGGACGGACCGCCCGCUGGGGAUCGUUCUUGACAAAUGACACCCGAACGCACACUAGCCGAACAUACACUGCAGGAGGCUCAUCGAACUCAACGCUCCCAGCGUGCAAGUACCCCUAAACGCGAAAGGUAAAAGGACUGUGCCAGAAUGAAACGGUGACGGGACACAAAAAGUGACCAGAAACGUUUUCAAUGACUAUCCCAAGCGAAUAUUUGACUGACAACAGGUGAAGGCCGUCAAUCGAACAGCAUUCUUGAGAGACAGUCCGGGGAAACUUUCUGGUGAAUGGUGUUCUGAUGUCUAUCGUUUCUCUGUUUUCCUAUCUGCGUGAGACACCAUCCAAGCUCCCUGUCAUCACAUUCUCUCUUCGGAAGUAUAUCCUCGUCUUUCAGCAUUGCCGUCUUCGUCAUGUUCACUGCUCAAGGCUAAAAGAGGAAGAAAAUUCGCCUUUCAUAUUCAUCCCCAAGACCAACAGUAGAGGCCCUGGACAGCGGUGAAACGACAGCCGGGGCACUUGAAAAUUUUGGACAAUGCUUUACGGUAUGGGCAAACAGGUAUUGAAGCUUCGGGAAUGCUGAACGGUUUUAUAUUUUGUGCCGGUUUUCUCAUGCCAGACCAAGAGCCUAUGAUCUGAGCGUGAUGUAUAAGCACGUGCCUACAGAGUACGGCAAUCAUUACCGUCAGUCCUGGUAGUGACAAUGUGCUUAUUGUGGGCGCGUGUUUAUAACUGCGGAUGGAUCACAAACUUUCCGUCAUUCUGUAUGCGAACAUGUUGAAACGUUAUGGGGGUCAUUGUGGAUGCAGAGACAGUGAGAUGAGAAAUUAUUUGUUGUACAUAGCACGCUGUAUAUAAAAGUCGCGUUGACGAGUGAAUCGUACUAACGUGAAACGCGACCAAGUUCCUUCGGUUGAUGGGGAACCAUACCUUUCCUAAAUGCUUCAUUCGCAUUCGCAAGUAAGAUAAUGUCAGUUGUGGUUUUUGGCUUAUGAAGGCUUUCAGAGUGUUUUCGAUCCCGGUUAUAGUUCCUAGGUGGAAAACACUUGCUAUCGCCACCACGCAUUAUGAGGUAAUGGUUGCGAGUGCUUAUUCAUGGAAUUGCUCAUUUUUCACAACGGAGGCAGUGUAUUCUGAUACUACGUUCAGAUUAUAGUUAGCGUGGCAUCACAAUGGACCAGCAAGUUAUGACGUGGUUAUGGCUGAUAAUUAAAAUUAGACCCGAAGUUUCACACCCAAAUGUACAAAACUCGGAGCAACUAGCAGUUGAGUGAAUGGCAGAUGGAAUCGCGAUUCUGAUGGUGGUUAUACCAGGUGCAAAUACGCUCUGAAUUUAAUGCUAUAAGCUAUGGCUUUAAGCCGACGUAGCUAGUCUCUUAAGUGAUAAAUUUGAACAGAGCUUAUGCCUGGCAAAAUCAAAUAUACUUCUCUUUGGUCGCCUAGGCAACCAAGAAACAUUGUCACUUUUUCAUCCCCUCUUCUUGAUUUAAGAGCUCUUAAAGGAACCAGUAAUAGGAUGCCGCUAUUUCUAUGUACAUAUUUAGAAUUGUUCCUUCUGUUGUGACAUAACUUCACGGCACUGUGAAGUCAUACCGGUGUGCGGCACAGUCCACUUCAGUCCGUACUUGCAGCUGAUGUAUGAUCCGUUUUGAGGAGCGUUAGUACAAAAAUUGUGUCAACUUUAGUUUGUGAUAAUGUAUAGUUUAACUUAUUUGUCCUAUAUAGUGAAAAGACAUAAGCCUGACCUCCCUUCGUCGAACCGAGCGGGUGGAACGCAUUCACUCACUUAAAGCGAUACCGGUUUUAACGAAGUGCAACUUCCGCCACAGUAGAAGAUUCGUGAUAGAAAAAUGAUCUCCAUGACUAUUGCUCUGAUAGCAUAUACUUUCGCGAAAGAAAUCGAGACACAAUAACAAGUGAUUGAUAGUGCCAUUUUAUUCAUCAAAUAGAAUCAACCUCAUAUGCAGUCUCAAAAAGGAAAUAAUCGUCAUAGGCUUAUAGUGUUUAUCACCAGUUCUGUUACGUAACGAUCAACACCUUACAGACAGCUGUUGCUAUUGGUCACCUGACGUCUUCUUCUUUGUAGACCAGAAAAUAGUCGUGACGCUAUUGUCAAAGCGAAUUCUUCAUCGUAAGCUGCUAUAAAUUCCAAGCCGCAUAUUAUUUCCCAAUACUGCUAGAGAUAUGCAUGAAGCUACGCGUACUCUAUAGUGGGCACAUUUGAAAUGCCAGUGAUAAUUUUUUAUGCUGUGAUAACAAUACACAUUAAUGCAUGUAAAUCAAGUGUUAUAUGUUAUGGUUUGUUACAUGUGUUUGUCAAGUACCGUUUUUUAUUAGUUUUAGAGCGUCUAAAAUAUGAUUUCGCCUUUGUUCUUCGUUCCGCGAAUAAAUUUAUCUGCACCAAUUUCCACAGAGUGUGGGGCAAUCCCAAUAUUUGUGUUCGUUGCCAAUGUCCGGUACGGCGCCUCAUGCUGCCAUAUAAAGUUGUUGAUAUUCAGGCCGAAGGGACUGUGCCGAUGUAAAUCAAAAGGCAAUAAAUGCGUACGUAACCAUU